CCGGGGCGGAGCGUGGGGCGGGGCCUGGCUGCUGUCACGUGACGCAGAGCGCGUCCUCCCAAUAUGGCGGUGUGCAUUGCGGUGAUCGCUAAAGAGAACUACCCUCUGUACAUCCGUAGUACCCCCACGGAGAAUGAGCUGAAAUUCCAUUACAUGGUGCACACAUCCUUGGACGUGGUAGAUGAGAAAAUCUCUGCCAUGGGGAAGGCGCUGGUGGACCAGAGGGAGCUCUACCUGGGCCUGCUGUACCCGACUGAGGACUACAAGGUAUAUGGCUACGUGACCAACUCCAAGGUGAAGUUUGUCAUGGUGGUAGAUUCCUCCAAUACAGCCCUUCGAGACAAUGAAAUUCGCAGUAUGUUCCGGAAGCUGCAUAACUCCUAUACAGACGUGAUGUGUAACCCUUUCUACAAUCCUGGGGACCGCAUCCAAUCAAGGGCCUUUGAUAACAUGGUGACAUCGAUGAUGAUCCAGGUCUGUUGAGAGUGAGCUCUGCCCUGGUCACUUGAGAAGCAUAUGUGCUUGGAGAUGGUUAUUUAUUCCCCUUCCUCCCCGAGUGUAACCUGCGCAGCUGGUCAGGGCCUUUGGCUCCUAUCUUUCCACUAAAGAUGUCACAAGACAAGAACUGCUUUAUCCUGUGUCAUCAGAGGGCCCAGCUGAGGAUAUGGUUGGGGACCAAGUGCGCACCAGGAAGCAUGCUCCUUGUAGAUUUGAAGGGGCCCUGACUACAGCCGGGACAUGUGGGGGGCGCACCCAAGGCAAGAAGACUCCUGCCUCUGCCUCACUCUGUGCUCUCACCAGGCCUCCGUUACUGGAGUAGGUGGAUGGCCCAGAAGGGUGAGAGGAGCCCAGAGCCAACCUGGAGGGUUGAGGUAAUCCAGGACAAACAGCCACACACUUUUCCCCUUAGACUAGAGUCCUUGUUUUGGACCCACCAUCUUUGGUGGCAUUUGGCCCCAGUGCCUUUGCCCAGCCCCAGCCCCAGGAGCCUGUGAAAUCUGGAAAGCCUCACAGUCCAAAGCGUCUGAUCAGCUGCUGUGCUUUCCAAGUGCCGAACAUGUGGACUUCAGGAGUCCUUUCCUAUCUGCCAGUGUGCACAGAGGUCGGCCUGGUCCCCUUGCCGCUUCCAACCUUUGCAUCUCUGUGGAUGAGCCAGGCUCCCGCACAUAACCAUCCUGUGACCUGUUAGAGAUGGCAGCUGCUGGCUUCCCCAUGCCACUAGACACCAUGGCCAAGUGAUGACAGAAAUAUGAGGGACCCCCCCCAGGGGGCUGAGCUCCCCCGUGGGUGUCCCUGCUCCAUGCUAUCUUCAGAGCCUCUUCCUGAGACAGCAGUGAGGGUGCUUUCUCCUGCAGUGUCUCCUCCUUGCCCUGGCAGGCCAUCUGUGUGGGCCAGCUGGAGUAGGAGGAGAAGUGAGCCAAUUUCUGCAUAUUUGGACUCCUCUCCAGUAGACACAGGGUUAAUUUUUUUUAAAACUCUGUAAGAAGAGUCUGGGCCUCCCACCCAGGUGCGUAGGUGGAUGGAGCAGGGUUGAGAAGUUUAGCAGGCAGCUGGCUGUGACCCAGUUGGAGCCCAGGCUCCCAGUAAAGGCUUGAGCAGGAGGAUGUGUUUGACAAGUGGAGGGCUAUCAGUGAAGUAGAAUCAAGAUCUUGAGCUUUAGGGAGAGGUCUCCCUCCCUGGGUGGGCAGUGGACUGGCUAUGGUGGGGAUUGCAUCUUGUCACCCAGCAUCCCUUCUCCCCUUCUUCCUCAUGGAACCCCAGAAAUAUUGGAGUCACUUGGCUUCAUGACUUUUGCUUUCCUCCCUGGCAUGCCAGGGUGGGUAGUUAAGGCAUGUAAGGGAGUGGUGUUGGAAGAGACCUGCAGGAAAAAUCCUUUAAAAGGGGUUCAGAUGAUAUAUGGGGAACUCAAGACCUUUUACUUUCUUCCUACCUGGAACUUGGAUGUGGCAUUUGUAGCUCGGACAGUCCUCUUGGGAAUGUGAAUAUUAAUUCAUACAGUGAGAAUGGAACAGAAAGCCAGGAGCCCAGGCCUGUGAUGAUGGGUUAGCCUUAGACUGCGUACAUUUAACUUUCUGUACAUGAGGCAAUAAAACAUACCCUUUUCUUGUGUAA